AUGAAGGUGGUGGCUCUAGUCAGCGGCGGCAAGGAUAGCUGCUACGCCAUGAUGAAAUGUCUCCAAUACGGUCAUGAGAUUGUUGCAUUAGCGAAUCUCUUGCCGGCUGAUGAUGCACUGGACGAGCUCAAUAGCUACAUGUAUCAAACUGUUGGACACCAGAUAGUGGUUAGCUACGCAAAAUGCAUGGGAUUACCUUUGUUUAGAAGGCGAAUUCAAGGAUCAACAAGGCACCAUGGUCUAAGCUAUAGUAUUACUCCAGGGGAUGAGGUUGAAGAUUUGUUUAUCUUGUUAAGCGAAGUGAAACGCAAGAUACCAUCAGUUACGGCUGUGUCUUCUGGCGCAAUUGCAUCUGAUUAUCAAAGACUGCGGGUUGAAAGUGUGUGUUCAAGGCUAGGACUUGUUUCAUUGGCGUAUUUAUGGAAGCUAAAUCAAUCAUUACUCCUUCAAGAGAUGAUUAAAAAUGGAAUCAUGGCCAUCACAGUGAAGGUUGCAGUCAUGGGAUUGGAUCCAGAAAAGCACUUGGGUAAAGAGUUGUCAAGCUUGGAACACCAUCUUCACAAGCUAAAUGAGCUGUAUGGAGUCAAUAUUUGUGGUGAAGGAGGAGAAUACGAAACAUUAACUCUUGACUGUCCCCUCUUUAAAAAUGCUCGCGUUGUGCUAGAUGAAUAUCAAGUUGUCUUACAUUCCACAAAUCCCAUAUCUCCUGUUGGAAUCCUCCAUCCUUCAAAAUUCCACUUGGAGCAAAAGAUGGAGAAUGGCAUCAGUCUGGAGGUAUCUGAUUUAGUAUACGAAGUUCUAGGAGGGAACUGUCCACAAAGUUGUGAAACUAUGAGUAUGCUUUCCGAUGGUUCCUCAAUAUUAGUCAAAGCUGAUAAUCAGAAAAUCGAGAUUUCAAAAACCAAAAAGGAUAAUACCUUGUCCCUCUCGUGCUGGUUACAGAACUUAUCUGGUGCUUCAACAGGGUUGCAAACUGACUUGGAGCUUGUUUUAACAAAAAUUGAAUUGGAACUUACUGAAUGUGGUUACUCCUGGGAGAAUCUACUCUAUAUACAUCUCUAUAUAGCAGACAUGAAUAAAUUUUCUGAGGCAAACGAAACAUACGUUAGAUUCAUCACCCAGAAUAAGUGUCGUUUCGGUGUACCAUCACGCUCUACAGUUGAGCUUCCUCUUUCUAAGAUUGGUUUAGGAUUGGCCUAUAUGGAGGUGUUGGUGGCAGCUGACACCAUGAAAACAGUCCUCCAUGUUCAGAGUAUAUCUGGCUGGGCUCCUAGCUGCAUUGGUCCAUACAGUCAGGCAACAUUGCACAAGGGUAUACUCUAUAUGGCAGGUCAAUUGGGUCUUGACCCACCUACAAUGUCGCUUUGUACCGGAGGUGCUACAUCUGAGCUUGAGCAGGCCUUGAAAAAUAGUCAAGCUGUAGCAGAUUGUUUUAACUGUUCAAUAUCUACAUCUACCCUUCUCUUUGUGAUGUACUGCUCAGAAACAUUGGUUACGUCCGACCUAAUUUCUGUUGAGGAGAGGGCAAAGAUCUUCCUUGAGGAGAUGAAAAUAAAUGGUUCGGAUACUAAAAGCUCAUCUCUAGUGGUUGAUCCAUUAUUUUUGUACAUUCUUGUUCCUGAUCUGCCAAAAAGGGCUCUAGUAGAAGUAAAGCCCAUUCUCUAUGUGCCAGGUGAUGUUGAAACCUCAACUGACCAGGUUGUUGUAACUAUUGUAAGUUCACAAAGUAGUUGGGGUUUUAAGCAUGAAAGUUGGCAUAGUGAGUGCGUACAGAAAUGUGUUAUUCCUGGAAGAUUAUGUACUGCUAUUCUAUCUGUCUCACAAACUCAAGCUGUAAAGAUUUGUUCCACGUUGCCGCACUUGGACCUGACAGACAAAAGCAUUACCGAGGACCUGAUGGAUGGAAUUGCAAAAUUUUGCAUUUAUGUUCUUGAUAGUGUUCUUUUGGAAGCUUACUUCUCCUGGGACGAUGUUAAGAGCUUUCGGAUUUAUGUCAGAGCAGAUGUGAACAUUUCCCACACAACAUUGUCGCUAAUUUACAAUAGAGUGUUCAGCGAAUUUGCUGAACUAAACACCACACGGAGGACUACCAACGAUCAAAUAUUCAAUAUCAUUCCAGUCUUGGGUUCCGGGAGGUCUGCAAGAUGUGUUGAUAAUAUACUCACCUGCGAAAUAUUUGCAAGGAAAGCAUAG